UUGCCUGGCCAAGAAACCUGGUUGUUAUCCCUGGAGAAAAGGCACCCCCUAAAGCCAUUCAGCAGAAGAAAAAAAAUAGUGCUAAUACCAAGAAGAGAAUGAGAGAUGUAUUUGAUGACAAUGAAGACCUUGAAAACUUGCCACCAAAUCUGCCAACGACAUUAAAGGAUUUGUGCACGUGGGGGAACAAUUUCCUUAGAGAUGGGGUCACCAUCCACCCAACAUUUGCUACGGACCUUUUCGGCUGUUCAAAGAAAGUCUGUCUGUUUAGAAGUGAUCUCUAUACCAUGGCCAACAAGCUAGAAGUAUCAAAUCGUGUACUUGUGUUUUACAUGAGCUACCUUCAUGAAGUCUUGAAGAAGUGUAAGAUGGUGGAUAUGGUUGCCUUUGUCGAUCCUGAUCAGACUGGUACACUUGGGUGUGGAAAUCCCACUGAAAGGGCUCGGUCUUUGUCAGAUCGAUAUAAGCAAGGGAGGUUAGGGAAAAUCUUUGUGGUUCCAUAUAACUCAGGUGCUCAUUGGAUGUUGACGGUUGUGAACCCAAAUGAAGAAGUCGUGCACUUCAUGGAUCCACUUAAAAGGCGAUUCGAUACUGGGGAAUGGAAAUCUAUUGUCAACAACUCAAUUAAAAUCUAUAAUGCUCACAAGAAUCGGAAAGGAAGGAAAGUAAUUCAAUGGAAGAAUCUUGCUGUGAGUCGGUUGAACUUUUUCUAGUGGUUAGUUUUAUGUACUUCAUUGUAUAUUUCACCUUCGAUUAUCUUAAUUCUUUAUUUUCAGGGUAUUUCGAAGCAAAAAAAUGACAAGACUUGUGGAUAUUUCAUUAUGCGUUACAUGAAAGAAAUUGUGGAGGACAAGAACUUGGAUUUUAGU